GCAGCGGUCACAGGAGCGGCGACAGCGGCAGCUGCGGAGCGUCAGCCCCGCCCGGCGCCGCCUCCCGCAUCCUGCAGCCCCCGAGCCGCAUCCCUGAGCGGCAUCCUGCAUCCCUGAGCGGCAUCCUGCAUCCCUGGGUACCACCCGCAGCCCUGGGUACCACCCUGCAGUGCUGAGCGGCAUCCUGCAUCCCUGAGCGGCAUCCUGCAUCAUUGGGUACCACCCCUGAGCAACAUCCUACAGCGCUGAGCAGCAUCCUGCAUCCUUGGGCAGCAUCCUGCAUCCUUGGGUACCACCCGAGCGGCAUCCUGCAUCCCUGGGUACCACCCGGGCAGCAUCCCUGAGCAUCACCCCGCACCCUCGGGUCCCGCUCAGCACCCCCGGGUGCCGCCGUGCCCGCCGGUGCCCGCUGUCCCUUAGGCUGUGAGCAGCGCCCCGGUGACCCCCCCCGGCCCGAGCCCCCCCGUGUGGAAGCCCCCCGAGCCCCGGCAUGGCCGAGCCCAGCUCCGAGUGCAGCAUCAAGGUCCUGUGCCGCUUCCGGCCGCUCAACCAGGCCGAGAUCCUGCGGGGCGACAAAUUCCUGCCCGUGUUCCAGGGGGACGACAGCGUCGUGCUGGGGGGCAAGCCGUACGUGUUCGACCGCGUGUUCCCCCCGAACACCACGCAGGAGCAGGUGUACCACGCGUGUGCCAUGCAGAUCGUCAAGGAUGUGCUGGCCGGGUACAACGGCACCAUCUUCGCCUACGGACAGACAUCGUCGGGCAAGACCCACACCAUGGAGGGGAAGCUGCACGACCCGCAGCAGAUGGGGAUCAUCCCCCGCAUCGCCCGCGACAUCUUCAACCACAUCUACGCCAUGGAUGAGAACCUGGAGUUCCACAUCAAGGUUUCCUACUUUGAGAUUUACCUGGACAAGAUCCGGGACCUGCUGGACAUGACCAAGACCAACCUGUCGGUGCACGAGGACAAGAACCGGGUCCCCUACGUCAAGGGCUGCACGGAGCGCUUCGUGUCCAGCCCCGAGGAGAUCCUGGACGUGAUCGAUGAGGGGAAAUCCAACCGGCACGUGGCUGUCACCAACAUGAACGAGCACAGCUCCCGCAGCCACAGCAUCUUCCUCAUCCACAUCAAGCAGGAGAACGUGGAGACGGAGCAGAAACUGAGCGGGAAACUCUACCUGGUGGACCUGGCGGGCAGCGAGAAGGUGAGCAAGACGGGCGCUGAGGGGGCCGUGCUGGACGAGGCCAAAAACAUCAACAAAUCCCUGUCGGCGCUGGGCAACGUCAUCUCUGCGCUGGCCGAGGGCACGAAGGCCUACGUGCCCUAUCGCGACAGCAAGAUGACGCGGAUCCUGCAGGACUCGCUGGGCGGGAACUGCCGCACCACCAUGUUCAUCUGCUGCUCCCCGUCCAGCUACAACGACCAGGAGACCAAAUCCACGCUCAUGUUCGGCCAGAGGGCCAAGACCAUCAAGAACACGGCCUCGGUGAACCUGGAGCUCACGGCCGAGCAGUGGAAGAAGAAAUUCGAGAAGGAGAAGGAGAAGAACAAAGCGCUGAGAGAGAGCCUGGCCCGGCUGGAGGCGGAGCUGAGCCGCUGGAGGAGCGGCGAGGCCGUGCCCGAGACCGAGCAGCUGAGCGAGGCCGAGGCGGGCACGGGGCCGGGCGAGGGCCCGGGGGGCGCCCCCGAGGAGCCCCCCCUGAACGACAACAGCUCCUCCAUCGUCAUCCACAUCUCGGACGAGGAGCGCCACAAGUACGAGGAGGAGAUCCGCAAGCUCUACAAGCAGCUGGACGACAAGGAUGACGAGAUCAACCAGCAGAGUCAGAUCAUGGAGAAGCUCAAGCAGCAAAUGCUGGACCAGGAGGAGGUGAGGGCCCUGCCCCUCCCCCCCCCCUCGACCCUGAACCUCUGCCCCUGGACCUCUGGGCCUCCUGGGGGACCCUCCCAUGACCUCUGGGACCCCCACCCUGACCCCUGGGACCUCACCAUGACCCCUGGGACCCCCACCAUGACCUCUGGGACCCCCACCAUGACCCUUGGGAUACCCACCGUGACCCCUGGGACCUCACCAUGA